ACAUGUUGACACUCGACAGCCAGGAAAGUUUCCCGGUUUAGUAGAUUCUUUCUCUGAGACAGCGGUCGUCUGUCCUCCGAUGUACCUCUCAAAUUGCGUGCCAUGUCCAGCCUUUGGAAAAGAAGAUCAAUGCCGAUCGCCGGGAUUACUGAAUCCAGGUUCCCCGGUUCACCGUUGGACAUGGACAUGAGAGAAUCCACGGGCGGAUUGAGGCCGGGGUUUGCUGUUUUAUCAGACGCCGGGACAAAACGGAUGGAAACGCACAACUGUGUUUACCCAUUUUUCUUGUUUUUCUCGCUGGGGCUGUCGGUCUGGCACUCUGGGGUUCCUUGUUCGUCUGCAGCAGUACCCACAGGUGGGCCUUGAGGUCAUCACAACCGAGGAUGUUCCAGGAUAACCUGCUUGUGCAGUGUGACGUAUAUUCACAAUUUUGUUGAUGGACCUCGCCAGACACAAUGAAUCCGAACAAGUUUUUCACAUGGUGUCCAGUGAUGAUCUUCGCAUCACUUGCCUCGAGUCCUGGUCGACGCGACUGUCGAUUGUAUCUCAAGCCAAAUGGCACAGUUACCGCCCACCACGACCAUCUGAAUGGAACCCCACUGUCGGAUGGGGCUUCGAUAUACACAGUAUGAGUUGUCACAAAUAAUCCUCGGCUACCUUACCCCGACCAACGAGGAUCUGGGGGUGGCGUAUUGCUACAACAGUAUUUGAUGGGUCACCGACCCUCCAAUAGACGACGAUCAACGGCGAUAAAAACCCAGAAGUCUGAAUCGAAAAAGUAACGCGGCUGGUGAGGGAGAUUCUGGCGACUUUUAGUAUGAGGUGUAUCCCAUGUACUCUAGGAGGGUUGUCGAUGGAAUGAACCGUCUCAGCCGGUUCAAUAAACUAUGGGGGCCAUUGGUCGCAACUCGACCGUGGAAAUGCCAAGAUGCCGUUCGCUCAGAAGCUUAGGGUUAGAUAACAGGGAAAGUUCCUGAUAAUAGACUUUACUCAAGCUCAGGACGGAGGAGCGCUCAGGGCCUCUGGUAGAGGGCACUAGUUAGUGCAUUCUUGUUGGAACCUUCCACCUUAUCUCAACUCUAUCCCACGCUGUGCGGUUAUCAAU